GGGGAGAAGUUGUUUUUGUGACCGGGUCUGGAGUUUUGUGGAGCGAAACGCAUUUUGGACGUGGUUUGGAGUUGGAUGAGAUGCUGGGUCCAGAGAGUGCUGAUACUGCUGGUGUGAGAAAGGCUGCUGUAGCCAUCAAUGCGACGUUGGUCACGAAAGGCUUUUUGGAUUUGUCUUCGUUCAACAGCAGACUUUUGUUUGUCUCUACAGACUUCCUGUUUGAUCGCAGUGCUGAGCUCCAAUUGCAGCUCUUAAAUAACGAUAAGAACGUAAUGAACGUAAUCCACGACCUCAUCUCACAGAUUGAUUAUUACAAAAAGAAAAUUUCUACUCUUAAAAGCAGCUCGAACAGCUUCAUAAACAAGCACAAAAUAUCAAAAUCAGGCUUCAAUUCAGCUGCAAAUUAUGCCCCGUAUUCAAUUGAAUUAAAUAACAAUAGUCUGUUUGAUUACGAUUAUGAUCACAAUCUGAUUCUAAAACAAAACCGCAAACUUUCCAAUGACAUAAUAAAUUUGAACUCAAAGCUAUCUCAGAGCAAAACUCAAAUCGACAAUUUGAAUUCAAAUUUAAAUAACUUGAAAAAUUUAAAUCAGAAUUUGAUUCAAAAUUUUAAUUUGAUUCUAAAUAAAAACAAAAAAACUUCAAAUGAUGCCAAUAAUUUCAAUCAAUUAAUUUUAAACAAAUUCACUAAUAAAAAUAUUAACCACACUAAUAACAUUACUGAUAUAAAUACCAAUAAAGAAAACUUUGUUCAAUUAACAAAAUUUAAUGCUCUUGAAAAAGAUAAAUCUCUUAAAAACUUGAAUAAAAUUUUGGAUUCUGUUAAAUCAGAAAAUGCCCAAUUAUACUCUUUUUUAUCAUCUUUAUACAAUUAUCUUCAAAACUAUUCUAUCUCAAAACUCUUUUCAAAGUCUCAGCUUGAUUACGAUAAUAAUCAACAAUCUCUCUUCACUAAUAUUCAUCAGGUAAGAUUCUCAUUUCAGAAUUUAUUUAAUAAUACCUUCAACACUUAUUCUUGACUAUUUGGAUUUGUAUUUUUCGAUUACAAUAAAAAUUGUAUUAAAUUAAAAAAAAAUAAACAAUUAAACAAAAAAUUAAAUGAAAUGUAGUUACACAAAAAAUUUUGAAGAAAAAUUGAAAAAAAAUAAU